GAAGAUGGAUUUGUGUACUAUCUUGAUGCUCGUUCCCAUAAACCAGUCUUCACAAUGAAAGCUCAUGAUGAAGAAGUAUCUGGACUACACUUAAGUAGCCAAAUCAAAGGAUGUCUUGUAACAACAUCAUCUGAUAAAUGUGUGAAAAUUUGGGACAUCCUAGGAAACAAGCCAUCUUUAGUUUAUUCCAGAGAUAUGAAAAUGGGUGCUCUGUUUUGUGCAGCUUGCUGUCCAGAUCUACCAUUUGUCUACGCGUUUGGAGGAGAAAGGCAGGGACUACAACUCUGGGACAUAAGUACAAUUUCCACAGUGAAUGAUGUUUUUGGAACUCGACAGAGGCUAACAGUUACCACAUCAGGUUCUGAAGGAAGUAAGUCUGCUAAUAGCAGUAGCAGCUAUGGGGAAGCUACAAUGGAAUCAUGAAAUAAGCAUAUUAUUUUUUUUAUGAAGAUAUAAGUAAAUCACUUUUUUACCUGCUUUUAAGGUCAUGUUACUUUAAAAAUUUCUGACGUGUUAACCAGCUAGAAAUUGGAAUAUGUAAAACACAAAAACACUAGCAAUAAUAUAAUAAAUUAAUUUUCUGAACAUAUUCAUUUGUAUUAAGAUUACUUAGGCAUUCUGAUGUAUGUAACAGCUACUUAACUCCUUUGACACUGUCUGUGGUUUAAAAGCUAUUAUUUAAAGGCCAGUUUUCUGAUAAUUUAAAGGAAGCUCUCUACAUUGUGGAAGAUUUUAAAUGCAUUAUUAUUAACUAGGACUGGAUACCUUGUGAGAGCAUGAUUCUCUGAUCUUAUAUAAAUAUACUAUAUUUAUAGUAUAGGCAUAUGCUAAUUAAUAACAUCCAGUCUGACAUAAAUAAAAUGGCUAAGAUUAACAAUA